UUCGUCUUUGCUUGACACAGUUGUCCUGCAUUGACAUUUUCAGAUAUAACGCAGAUAUUAUUCUUGCCAUUUAUUUGCUUUGUGGGGAAUAAAACUCUGGAGCCUCGCUGAACCUCGACUGGUUUUGCUUAAUAGCAGAUUAAGGUCUUUUAUUUAUCUAUUUCUGUGUGUCCUUGUUUUUUACAGGAGGCUAACUUACAACCCGGACGGAUUUAGGCUGUAGUAGGCUAUGGCCUGAGAUUUGACCUAGCGGGACAAUCCCUGGUACCACACAUUCAUCGGCUGCUGGCCAUAAUCACCAAGAGAGGUACAGACACAGCUAUAGGUUGUAGCAGGCAGGCACGUCUCCCCAGUACUAUUACCAUAAACUGCAUCCUCCGCACUACGGUGUGUGUUAUGGUAUAGACUUCACUGUUUAGCGUACUAACAGCGCCAUCUUGUGGUGUGUUUGGACGACUACAAGGAGCAUUUCAUACCGGAAGUAAAACUGUGAGGUCGUCAUGGGGAGCAAAGUCAGCUCCAAAAUGGCAGCUCCAGCCGCCCGAGUUAUUCAGGCUGUACGGCCUCAUGCUCCUCUGAUCAAGUUCCCCAACAGACAAGGCGUCCCAAAGCCCAAUGCCCAAGAGGCAUUAAAAACAUUAGCAGUUAACUUUCCACAACACAACGCACAACCUUCAGCUGCAGCACCGCCUCCGUUAUCGAGACCUUCUGCCCCAAUCUCUGGCAUGCCAGACACACUGGCCUCUAUUCAGCUACUCCCUGCAAGGUACCGCAGGAGACCGUUGACAGCGGAUGAAAUGGACUUCAUCCAGCGCGGUGGACCAGAGUGACAUGAAGCAACUCAAGCACUGCAACCAAAGUCCUUAUCUGUUGGAGAUCAGUAUGUGUCUUUAAUUCUGUUCCUCAGCACAAGAGAACCUAAUGCCACAUGAGACAUGAUCUAGAAUAAAGUAUUUCAUAAAUCCUGUUAAAAUGUACAUAUGUUUAUUUUUUAGAUGUUAAAUCUUGAUUGUAUUUCACUAGUAAGUUCAUACGAAGGGACAUCUUCAUUGUGUUUCACACAGUAAAUCCAUAACAAUAGCUUCUAAGUUUUAAUUAUUUACUUUACUUGCACAACAACUAUACUUUACAGACUUGUUUUUUGUUAAACCUUGGUUUUAACAAUGUACUAGCUCAGAUUUUUCUGAUUUUUAAUUUUGUCAUAUAAUUUCUCUGAGCUUCACUUGCAAUACCACCAUACCCAAAUCCAACGAUGAGGCUCUGGUGCAUAGAAAAACACCAGGUUCCUUUGCUUUCCACUCUAAUAAAACUGACUGAUCUAUGUUUUGGAACUAAACAAGGCUGAAGAGAUGCUGGAUGUCACAUUGGAAUAGUACUGAGUGAAAUGGUGUCAAGUUCAUGUGAACUGCUGGAUUUAAAUGAUUAAAAAGAUUAUUGUAUUAUGA